AUGACCGACUUUCCAAGGAACACAUUUGAUCUGGCCGGACUGCAGGCCUCACUCUGCAGAAUUGAAAACUGCUUUCUCUGCAAGCGAUGGCACCGAAAUCGACUCCGGAUUGCUGAGUUUUCGCCUAACAGCGUCCUCAGUGAUCAUGAUAUAUCUAAUCAUGUUCAUUCGUGGGUUGCUCCCUAUAUCACGACUUCGAUGUUGCGAGCAAACAAUGUUCCAUGGCACGUGUCGCCAGCCCAGCCAGCGAUCCUUCCACUCUUCACAAAUAUCUGGGCGGGUGUGCAAGACCUGACGCUCCACAGCGUCACUCCCAGUGGCGAAGUUGACAAGAUCCACUGCAUGUUUUGUUUGGACGAGGAGGGCGAUCAAGUCAAUGAACGCGUGGUGUUGCGGUUCGUCGAGUGCAGGGGGCUAUCGCACCUGGCCUGUACGGAGGAGUGGCUGAGAAAGCGCGGCACAGGAUGUGGUACUUCAUGCUGCAUCUGCCCAACCGAGACCGCCUUGGACGCCCUCUACCGCCCGCCGCGGGACCCCUCGCCACAAACCGCAGAAUGCUCCGAAGAAACCCUCGCGACGGUUCGUCACGACAGAGUUGUUAGCAAGGACAUCACGCAGUCAUGGAUUGACCCCACUUGGACGAGAGAAUCGCCUCAGCCAGGUGGGACGAGGUGGCGUCGCAGAACAUCCAUGGCGCCGGGCGCAACGCAUCGUCCCGGCCGAUCAGCUCGGCUACAGAGAGAGUCUCUUGUGUCUCUUGUGACAGAAAGCUUUCACGCCCCUUCCACGCGUCGUCGGUUGGCACGACUAGGCUGGGUUUCGAAAUGGCUGGAAGAAUUGGUAUAG